CGCCCGCUGAUCAUCGACUUUUACGCCACCUGGUGCGGGCCCUGCGUGCUGCUGGCCAAGGAGCUGGAGACGGUGGCGGAGAGGAUGGGCGAGGCGGUGCGCAUCCUCAAAAUCGACACCGACAAGAACCCAGACAUCUCCACGCAGCUGCAGGCACGCACG